AUGUCUGGAAACUUGUUAUUUCUCGGAGGCCUUCCAAAUGAUAUCAGAGAGGACGAAGUCCAUAGGCAUCUCUCGAUCUAUGGCAAAAUCACAGAGAUCAAAAUCCGGCCUGGUUUUGGUUUUGUCAGAUUCGCGUCGGAGAAGGAUGCUAAGGAUGUGGUCACGAUGUUCUCCCACCGACAAUUCUUGGGCGCCGAUGUCUCGAUCUCGAUAGCUCGGCCUUACCGCAAAGAGAGCGGCGGCGAUACCAAGGCCAACUCAAGUCCUGCCAUAAGGACCAAGUCGCCUUCUCGGCACGACGGUGUUGAUCGAUAUCCCGUGGUGAUCGAGAAGAUGAACCCGAACACCACCUGGAAGGACCUUAUGCACUUUGGUCGCCUUGCGGGUGAAGUGCUCUUUGUCGCGCUUGAUCGACAUCGCCCGGGCAGGGGCUAUAUUAAUUAUACGACACCGAAAGAUGCCGAAUGUGCGGUCAAGAAGCUCAGUGGACGUAUCUUUCUGGGCAAUGCUGUCACCGUAGCCCUCCAUCAGGAUAGGUACGCAGUUGAACGACCUAAGUCGGUGUCUGACCGGUCUUGCCGCGGUCGUUCUCGCUCCCGCUCUCCCGUCCGCUGGACCAAGAACCGCGAGAAUCCAAAGUAUCGUAAUCACCCAAUCCUUUCGGAUGCUCGCGAUGAAAACAGGGCCAUCCCAGCCGGGCCUGGUGUACAGCACAAUAUGCGCACCCCCGUCAAGUCCGACUUUUCAGCUGACAAGCAUGACGUGCGCGAUCCGCGUGAAUGCCUAGUGUCGCUGGAGCCCUUCCAAAAGUCCGAGCUGCAUGGAAACACGAAUUCUGAAAGGGCCGAAUUUGACACGGACGUGGAUCGGAUGGCCGCGGAGUGGCUGAACAAACAUUUUGAUACGGAAGCCUGGCGUAACGUCCUGACGGAAAGCUCUGUAGAAGGGUCCUCGGAAGCGUAA